ACAUCACUCAAACCACUGCUCCAAGACAUCACACCCGGAGGGACACCGAAAAGAGCGAAACAAUCCUUGAAUACGAGUCGACGGGCGAAGAGGUCACCCAAAGUGGACACAAGCGAUGAAUCAGAUGAAUGGCAACCAAACGAUACCAAGAAGUCACUCAAGAGAUCCAAACCCAUGUCCAAUGACUACAGACAUACGAAAGACAAACCCAUUAAAUGUGAUGUCAAUGACUGCCAGAGGGACCAAAUGAAGGCUCACAUGAAUCGGCACAGAGGUGUCCGUCCCUACCGGUGCUCUCAUGACUCGUGCGUCAAAGAGUUCUCCACCGAAACGGGUCUCAAACUCCACGUGCGGGUCGUUCACCAACAGUACACACCGUUUGCGUGCGAUUACGACGGAUGCGACAAACGGUUCAUUCAUAAGAGUUUGCUCGUGAAGCACGUGUCGAGCCAUACAAAAGUGCGCAAAAAGGGGGGCCGCCGGCGGAACCUGGAUGCUCUCAAAUGCGAUUACAUUGGCUGCGGAAAAGUGUCGAAAACGCCGGUCAAUGCCCGGCGCCAUCGACUGACGCAUACGACGGAUAAGCCGUUGAAAUGCGCGGUCGACGGCUGCGACUACUCGUGCGUAAAGGCCGACCAACUGUCCACUCAUAUGAACAGACAUAACAACGUGCGGCCCCACCAGUGCACGGGCUAUGAGGGGUGUCGUAAGGCCUACUUCAGCGCCUCUCUGUUGCAACGUCACGUGUGCACCGCACACGCCGUGGACAGGCAGUAUGCGUGCGAUUACGACGGCUGCGGUAAACGGUUCACGAGCACUAAGUCGCUGCGAGCGCACCGGGAUGUGCACACCAAUGUGUUGCGCCAAUUCAAGUGCCCGGAGCCCGGCUGCGACCGCGCCUUUAAGACCGAGAACUCCCUCCAUUACCACCGGUAUAAGCACUCGGGCCGCACGUACCGGUGCGAGUGGCCCGGCUGUGAGUACUCGUCGCUAGACAUGUAUGCCGUGACCCGUCAUAGGAAGCGCAUACACGAGUGCCUCCAGUGGUACGCAUGCGAGUGGCCCGGCUGUGAGUACGGCAGCAAAUGGAACGAAUCGGUGCUCCGGCACCGGGAGGUCAGCCACGGCUCGGGUGUCCGGAAGUACGCCUGCGUAUGGCCUGAAUGUGGCAAACGGUUCAAAGUGAAGGACGUGCUGAGGGGGCAUAUGUUGACCCAUAAGGGGGUGAUUCACACGUGCGAUAAAGUUAAACAUUAA